AUGUUUCGAACUCUCCGAUCCCGGCUCCGAUCACAGCGGCGCCCUCGCUAUGGGUUGUUGCUAUGUGCCCUCGUUUCAACCCUCUUCCUCUUCUCUUUCCACCACACACCCCAAACCAACAACCCCCACCACCACCGCCACCAUCAUCACCGUCACCACCAUCAUCGUCGUUUUCUCAGAAGAAUCCAUCCCUUCCACCAUUUGGUCAACUACGACACCCUCCUCUCCGAUUCCGUCGUCGACGCCGCAUCUUCCAGCGAGGACGCCAUCGACGCCCUUGACAUCGUCGACGAACAAUCCACUCUCGGUGACACAUCAGACGAUGACGACACUGCUGACGCCGGCGAAGAACCCUCCCUCAUCCAACUUAAUGUUUCCGGCUACUUCUUCUACCAUGUCGGUGGCGCCAUUAGAAAGGCCUUCACCAAGAGUUCCCCGGGGGAUCGGGAAGAUGGGUCUCGCCAAGUUGGAAUCUUUUUGGGGUCUCCGGAAUUGAUGGGCUUCUUCGGUGUCACUCACCCAAAAAAGGGUGUGGAAGACACUCUUCUUUUGAAAUUGGGAAGAAAGUAUUCGCCUUUGAGGGAAGGUUGGGGUGAUUGGUUUGAUAAAAAGGGUGACUUUUUGAGGAAGGAUAAGAUGCUUAGGUCAAAUUUAGAAGGGUUGAAUCCCCUUCAUAAUCCUUUUCUUCAGGACCCUGAUGGUGUUGGUGUAACUGGUUUGACCAAAGGUGAUAAGAUUUUGCAUAAGGCAUUGUUGAAUGAACUUAAGCGGCAACCCUUUCGUGGAGAAAAGUUGCCAGGAAGCUCACAACAUGAUUGA